AUGUCUGUUGAGUUCAUCAGCAACUCCAGCGCUCAACAUGAGCUCCCACCAACAUGGCUUGCUGGGCCCUCCACUACUGGAAGCCUUUUACCUAAUGCUCUUGUCGGUUGGUCCACUUGGCAAUAUAUUGUGACUUUUCUGCUGGGAGUAGUAAUCUAUGACCAAGUCAUGUAUAUCAAGCGCAAAGGCUCAAUUGCUGGGCCCUCAUUCAAAAUUCCUCUUAUUGGCCCAUUUCUUCAGGCUCUCGACCCAAAGUUUGAAGAGUACCUUGCACAAUGGGCGAGUGGGCCCCUCAGCUGCGUUUCGGUAUUUCACAAAUUUGUUGUCCUUGCCUCCGACCGAGACAUCGCACACAAGGUGUUCAAGUCCCCUUCAUACGCCGAGCCCUGUAUCGUGCCUCUUGCUAAAGACAUCCUGGGACGCACAAAUUGGGUCUUUCUUCAAGGUAAGGCCCACACCGAGUAUCGCAGGGGUUUGACACCUCUGUUCACCAACAGGGCCCUGGCAACCUACUUUCCUAUUCAAGAGAGAGUAUUCACCCACUACUUUGACAAGUUCAUCACCGCUAGCAAGGAAAAUGACAACAAGCCAAUGGCUUUCAUGACAAUGUUUCGUGAGAUCAACUGCGCGAUCUCAUGUCGUACUUUCUUCGGAGAUUAUAUAUCCCAAGACGCGGUCAAAAAGAUUGCCGAUGACUUUUACCACGCCACCGCUGCCCUUGAGUUGGUAAACGUCCCUCUGUCGAUUUACAUUCCCUUCACAAAGCCAUGGAAAGGAAAACGAAUUUCCGAUGCAGUUCGUGUCGAGUUCGCCAAGUGCGCGGCAAAAUGCAAGGAAAACAUGGCAGCCGGAGCGACUCCAACCUGUAUCGUGGAUCAUUGGGUAUUGCAUAUGAUGGAGUCGAAGAAAUAUUAUGAGAAGAUUGCCGCUGGUGAAAAAGACGCUGCGAAGCCCACAAAUUUGGUCCGUGAGUUCACAAACGAAGAGAUCAGUGAGACCUUGUUCAGCUUCCUCUUCGCCUCACAAGAUGCCUCGAGCAGUGCCACAACUUGGCUUUUCCAGAUCCUCGCUCAGCGACCCGAUGUACUCAAUCGACUUCGCGAGGAGAACCUUGCUGCACGCAAUGGUGACAAAACAAAGCCAUGUGAUCUCGCUAUGUUAGAAUCUCUUACCUAUACCAGCGCUGUCAUCAAGGAACUCCUCCGUCACCGACCACCGGUUAUCUUCGUUCCUUAUCUGGCCAAGAAGAACUUCCCCAUUACGCCAGACUAUACCGUUCCGAAGGGAUCCAUGGUCAUUCCAUCUUGCUACCCGGCUCUGCAUGAUCCGGAGGCAUAUCCAGAGCCGGAAGUUUUUGAUCCUGAGCGCUGGAUCACAGGGGAUGCCGAGUCCAAAACGAAAAAUUGGCUUGUCUUCGGAGCGGGGGCACACGAUUGCCUUGCGAGGAGAUAUGUACCCCUAUCCAUGGCGGCGAUGAUUGGUAAAGCAUCGAUGGAACUUGACUGGACGCACCAUGCUACGGAUAAAUCCGAAGAAAUCAGAGUGUUUGCGACCCUGUUCCCAAUGGAUGGAGCUCAGUUAGUUUUCACGAAGCGCCCGUAA